AUGGCAUCCGACCGAGAGCUCACCGAGUUCCGCCGCCGAAUCAACAAUCUCGCCGUCGUUGAGGACGCGGCCGUAGACGGUAUGGUUGAUAACAACACCCCGAAUCCUCGUCAAGACAUAACCACAAUACGCACAUUCCACGACUACGUCCCUGAUUUCUUCAAGGCGGUCCCGGUGAUCCUAUCGUAUACGAUUCUCAGCCCUCUGAUGAUCUUCACACUGACCGCGAUUGCUACCAAACUCACUCAUGCCCCCAGCAGCGUCCAAUUCUGUCUCAAUCGCAUCGCCAUUAUCCAUUACGCCGCCGAGGUUGCCCACAUCACCGGGGUAUAG